AUGUGGAGGAUGUCCCCCCCAUACGUUCAGCAGGCCACCCCGUUCUUUAUGGGCUUGAUGGUUGUAGAGCUGGUGGUGAGCCUGCUGAAGGAUGGAACCCCACUGGCCUGCGUCAGUGACGUCGUCACCUCAGUGUCAGCUGGUAUCAUUUCUAGAAUGCCCACGCGGCGGUUUGAAAUAACCACUUACAUCUACAUGUGGAACAACUUCUAUCUACUGGAGCUACCCUGGGACUCUGCCUGGGCAUGGUGGCUGGCUUUCCUAGUGGUGGACUUCGCCUACUACCGGGUCCAUCGCUUUGCUCACGCACCACCCUCCGUGUUUGCUGUUCACAUCCAAUUCAACCUGGUCUACCAGUUCUGGAUCCACACUGAGGUGAUCAGAGAUAUGGGACCUCUGGAGUGGUUCCUAAACACCCCUAGUCACCACAGAGUUCACCACAGUACCUUUGCUCCUGACGGCGAUAAAGUUGUCUACGGUCUCGUACACAAAAUAAACACAGUUGAAGUCCUCCAUAUUCAGAUGCUAUCCCAGCUGACUGUUCUGAUGAUGACUGGCUACAUUCUACUCAGUCUGACCUCCAUUGGCUUCAUCAUUGACCAAAGGUCAACGGCAUCCAUGUUGGAGUUGCUGCGCUGUGUUCUGACGGUGAUGCUGCUACGAUACGGCUACAUGACGGCACCAGCACCACUGGUUGUGCCCAUUGAGAAGAUCCCACCAAAAAUGGACCAAGCAGCAUGUACAGGAGGAGUGGACUUGGAGGAGAUCCUGGAUGGAAAAGGAGCCUGGACGCAGGCCGGAGAGUAUCACCGUCCUAAGGAGGAGAUAGAGGCAGAGAAAGCAGAAUGA